UUCAGUCACACUGCCUAGGAGACCAAGUAACGGAACUUCGGACCGAUCUUGUGUAAACGUGAUUUCGUUCUUUUUUGCAAUAUUUAGUAGGAGUUAUUGAUAAAAUCAGAAAAGUGCUCGUUUUAAAUACUUUUAAAUACAAUAAAUUAUCGUUCUUGUAAAGUGCAAUGCAAAUGGCUGAGACUAACCAAGAUGGCGCUGGCGCCCUGAAAAUUUCGAGUGAAGGACCGGAGAAGCCAAAAACUGCUCGCCAACAAAACUCUGUUCUGGAAAUGACUGACUUGCCGUCCAUAGAAGAAGUAGUCACACCCUGCGAGAAGGAUAAGGACAUGUUUGUGUAUCCGCCGCCACCGCCUCCGCCAACACCUGUUCAGGCGAAGCUGCCUUCCAAAGCAGCACCUCCCCUGUCGAUGCCGUUAGACCACGAAGAGGAAAAGUGGGAAGAUCCCUGUGCCCCGCCCCCACCGCCUCCAAUGCCCUCGCAUGCCUUCCUGUCCAGCGGCUUGGGCUAUCUGAAGCUGACAGCCGUCAAGCUGAAGGAUGCCCUGGAGGAGGCCAUAACCAAGAGAGAGACCAGCAAGCGCCAUCAGAAGAUAACCACCGAACCAUCUCACCAGAUAGAUAACGUUAAAUGGGAGGCAAUUGAAAUGUUGCCAAGAUGCUCGUGGGACAUGCUGGAUGCCAGAGGCGCCUCUUCGUGCAUGGCUCCCUGCAUGGAUGUUAUAGUGCACCCGAAUAACAAGAAGCCGGCCAUCUUUGCGCAGCUGGAAAGGAUUAUAAAAGUGCAUCGCAUACUGGAAAAGCAGAACAAGACCCAAAAGGCCAUUUCCCGAGAGGCCAUACCGCUGUAUGCUGCCGUCAAGCCGCACCACGAGGAUGAGGGACUGACACUGCAGGUACUCUCGGCUAGAGCUUCCACCCCAUAUACUCAGCCCACGAGCAUGCUGUCGUGUACGGCUGUCAGCUGUGACCUGGAGCAUGACUCGCCCAAAAAAGACCACCCUCUGGAGCAGCGUCCUGCAGCGCAGCACAAACGUGCUCCUGCCUUAGUUGCCAGCAAGCCAGUACACGUGAAUCCUCACAAAGCACCAGUUCGGCGUUCGCCAGUGCCGCAUCGCACCCACUACACGCGUGCCAGCCUGCUCGAUAUACGCGGUGAAAUGUUGAAUGCCCUCAUGCAUCGUUCCAAGGAGACCUUCGUCAUGCCCCGUAUUGCCACCUGCGACGCCAUUGAGUUGGAGGCUCGCUUGCGGCGAAUGAAUCUGUGGCGUACCACUGCAGAUUCCACUCGCUUUAGGUCUCGCUCGAAUCCCACGUCCAAUCUCCACCCCAAUAACAACCACAACAACAAUAAUGAGUGCAUGCCGGCGUUCUAUAAGAACAAGAACAAGCCGCAGCUGAUCAGUGACGAGUCUAUCAUACAAAGCCAGCCCCCGCAGCAGCAAACGGAAUUUCAGGAUCCGGCAAUUGUCAAUCAAAGACGCAUUGGCAGCGGCCGCUUCAAUCAUUCCACAAAGUGGCCCUACAGCAGUGCGGACUACCAUCCAUACAAUAAAACCAAACCUCAUCUGGAUGAAGGAAACUUGAAGCAUCAGAACGGCGGCAACAUGACGGUUCUGCAGUUUUUCGACAACGGCGAAAUAUCCAGCUCCAAGAUGAGCCAGCCAAAUGGUCGACCCAAUACACCGGUUAUGGGUAUGGCCAACAAUCGCUCGGAUAACGAGACAAUGAUGUCCAAUGAGUCCAGCGAGGAUCUAAGCCGUGCCAACGAGAAUUAUGUGAAGCGUGUGAUGUCCGGUUUUCUGGUUGUGUCCAAGCCCAAGUCCCGUGAAACGGAGGAGCGUCACCACCGUCGCUACAGGAACCAAAACGAGGAACCUGAAUGGUUCAGCUGUGGCCCAACCUCCAGGCUGGACACUAUUGAGUUGUGUGGCUUCGAUGAGGAGGAGGAAAAGAUGCUCAAGGAGGGUCAUCACCAUGCCGAAAUGGACAGGGAUGCACAAAAGCAUAAGAUGGAUCAGCACAAGUACAAGUGGACGCAUCCGGAUGCGGGCAUUUCACGUAACAAAUUCAUGCCCAAACAUGAUACCAACAACAAUCACAGUGUGGAGAACAUGAACAAGAUGGGCGCUGAUCAGCAUUCGCAUCAGCAUCAGCAUUCACAGAUACCAAAGGAGGAUAAGCGUUCUGGCGGCGGCCGUUCAUUCCAGUUCGAUAAAUUCAAUCAGAGUUUCGAGAACAACAAUUACAUAAACAACCAACAGCAGCAGCAGCCACAACAAGGAAUUCCAAUGCAGAAGCAACAGCAGCAGACGCCUCAGUCUGAAGAUAGCAACAAUUCCAAGUUUAUGCCCUUCUUUGAACGGGAAAGAAAUGGCUCAUCGUCAUCGCUAAAUGAAUUCUUCAAGCAGGCCAUGACCCAUCAGCCGAAUAUACACAAAGAGCAGCCCAAAUCCCUACCAGGCCACAUGCCAUCGGUGGAGCAAUUGGAGGCCAAGUGGCGUCGCAAUUCACUCACCCCAAACAACACUUCUGCUGCUGCUGCAUCUGGGGAAACCAUUCAACAGAAUAAUAAUCCAACUGAUAUAUUCCAAAAGCUAAUUGGCUCGUUGAGUGCAUCGAAAGCAGCAGCACAGCCGCAGCCUACUGAUGCCAUUUCCACAUUCAUUUUCCAGCAGCAGGCAUACCAGCAGCAGCAACAGAAGCAGCACAUGCUCAUCCAGCAGCAACAGCAGCAGACUGCCUUUCUGGCUGGUCUACAGCUGAAGGCAAUCCUUGGACGCGCCGAUACCCAGUUGCUCUUGCUACGUCUAACCAAAGGUGAAAUUUCCAAGCAUGGCUUGCUGGUGCAGUUGGCCAAUCCGCGUCUUUGCAACACUGAUCGGGAGGCCAUUACGGCUGUGCUGCAGUUCACCAAUACACAGCAGCAGCAACAGCAGCAUCAGCAGCAGCUGGACAUGCUCUCGAGCACGGUGAUUGCCAGCCAGUUGCAAAAUCUUCAUCACCUGACCAUUGUGCAGCAGAGUCUGGCCGCGAGACAGCAGCAACAAAAGCAACAACAACAGUUUCCUCAUCAGCCGCAGCAGCUGUCGCAGGAGGAUCUGCAGGCUCAUGCCAAUCUUAUAAUGAGAAAUGCUGUGAUGAAGCGUAAAAUGGAGGAACAAACAUCCAUGCUGAUCAAUGGAAGUGCUGCCGUUGGAGCCAAGACUUCGGCACAGCAACAGCAAUCUCGCGGGCAGCAGCAGCAGCGUCAGAAUCGUUUGGAUAGCUCGGCCAAUGCUUUGCUCAAUGCGCUUAUAUCUGGCAAUGGUAAUGGCAACGGGUCGCAGGCCCCAACUGGCAUACCCAUCUUGGGAGGAGGACAGCUUCCUCGACGUGCCGCUGAUGAUCUAACGCAGCAGCAGUCCCACUUUGUGACACAGUACAAUAAUAAUCCAUAUUAUCAGCAGCAGCAGCCACAACCAAAUCGCCAACAGAACAACCAGAUAGCACAGAUGCAGGCCCAACCUCCCAUGGCCAUGCCAUUGCCAAAUGGCGUAGAUGAGUUUCAUUAACGGACUCAAGAGGUUCGCCACCACCACCGUGGGUCUGAUGGCCAUAGGCAUCGGGUCCACAGUCCUUAUUUUUGCCGGCCAUCGGUUUAUUGUGAAACCCUACCAAUCCAAGCAACGACGA